GUCGAAGGCAGCAUACAAGGCUAUCGGCAUCUUUUUGGAGUGAGUCUGCAACUGCCUUUGAGGUUUCCCCUUGGGACGCCACAGCUGCCGCCGCCGUCGCCGCCGUCGCCGCCAUCGCCGUGGCCGUGCGGACGCCGCGGUGUCGCGGUGACGGCGUUUCGACGGCGGUGCGGCCGCCCGCAGGGCCUGGCAUCGUGGAGUUGCUGUCGCAGCUUCGAAACGCCUUCGACACGCAAGAGACCUGGGUCAAGGAACAUGGGAAGAUUUUCGAGACAUGGACACCCUUAGCCAAUGUGGUGUGCUUGUCCGACCCUGCAGCCAGCCGCUACAUCGCUGUGAAGCAGGGGAACAACUAUCGGGAUCCAUGUGCCUAUGGUAGGGACCUGCAACUCUCCGAGCGCAUCGAAGAUGCCCUGGGUCCUGGGAGCAGUUUUCCAAGCUUCGAGGCUUGGCGCUGGAGGAAGCAAUCCUUGCAGGGCGAGCUCAGUUUCCAACGACUGCUGAGGUCUCCGGAGCUCCUCAGAGCUUUGGUAGACCUGGGUGAAGAAAUGUGCCAGACCCUGGACGCAGCUGCGGCGACUGGAAGCAUCGUGCGAAUGAACCAAGCCUUCUCACGGGCCACGGCAGGGGCUGUGUUUCAGCUACUCUUCGGGCGGAGACUGGAGUUUGAUUCCCUGAAGCUUGAAGAGAGCACACAGGAAGUCAUGGAAUGCUUGGAAGGGUUGCUGAUGCCCCUUCACUUGCCUGGUCAGAAAGACGCGCUCCUGGCAAAGCGAAGCCACGCCCAUAGCAUCAUUGAUGCAGUGGUGGAACCAGAGCUGGAACAGCUUCUGGAGGAGGUUCGUUCGGGUCAACGAGCCCCAGAUCGUGCGCCAGCUCUUUUGGAGGCCAUGCUACUAAAGGAGCCACGCUGGCAAGGGGUUGGCCUUGAGAAUCUCUUGGCUGAGGUUCGGAACUUUGUGAAUGCAGGCUACGAAAUUCAGGCAUUUUCCCUUUCCUUCACCGUGGGCUUCCUGGCGGAGCCGCGCCAUAGGCGCUGGGCGGAGACCGCCCGGCACGAAGCGGUCUCAAUCAUGGAGUCGGGUUUCGAGAGCAAGAGCCUGUUGUCCAAGACGGAGUCUAUGCAAGACAUUUUCAACGAGGCAUUGCGUUUGCUGCCCCCAACACCAACGCUGACUGGAGUCGCAUAUGAUGACUUUGAGGUUGCCCUGGACGGCAGGAACUACCUCAUCAGCAAGGACACCACCCUGAACUUCCAGGUCCUGGCUGGACAGAGAUCCUCGGACUUUGGACGCUGCCCAUUGCACUUUGAUCCUUCACGCUGGCAAGGACUGAAGUCCUCAAAGUUGAUGACCUACAACUUCGGUGCUCAUAGCUGUCCUGGAAGAGACAUGUCCUCUUUGGAAGCCAGGGUUUGGCUCCCCAUGCUGCUCUCCCGCUUUCGCUUUGAGCUCGUCGAUGUCGAAAACAUGGAAGUAGACUCGAUGGGUUUGCACUUGAAGCCCAAAGAUGGCUUGAAGUUGCGCGUCUUUAGAAUCUGA